AUGGCGGCGCCAUUCCGGGCGCUUCCACCGGGCGUCUACUUCAACCCGACGGCGGAGGAGUGCGUGCGCGACUACAUCAAGCCGUGGGCCGCGGGCGUGCCGCCGCCGACGGACCGGGUCAUCUGCGACGUGGACGUCUACAGCGACAGCCCCGGCGCGCUGCUGCUGGGGCGCGAGCCGGGCUUCUCGCGGGAGUUCGACCACAAGUGGCUCAUGCUCAGCCACUGCGGCGGCCGCGGCAAGACGGCGGCGGGCCGCGGGAAGCGCGUAGUCGCCACGGGCGGAAGCUGGCAGUCGGAGCAGACGCCUAAGGGCGUCGUCGGUACCGCGGACGGUGAGGACGGCGAGGACGAGGACGAGCAGCCCCACGGGGGUAGGAGGCGCUCCUUCGGCUUCUACGUCGGCAAAAAUGGGAGGAAGAGGGGAGAGAAGACUCCAUGGCUCAUGGAGGAGUUCACCGCCUUGGAGGACGGACACAGCGGAGGCGACGGGACCUUCGUGGUGUUCUGCAGGAUCUACCUCUCGCCGCGCCUGGAAAAGGAGGACAAGGAGAAGAAGCGGCAGAUCCUCGGGGACGAUAUGGUCGCCUUCGACCGCAACGGCAAAUUGAAGCCGGUCAGGGUAGUGGUGUCGCCGGAAUUGUUCGGUGCGGUCGCCCAAGGGCAGGGCCCAGCGCCGCCGCGCGUUCUUGGAUUUCAGCAAGCCCAGCCAGCGCGGCGCGUUCUUGGACAUCAGCAAGGUGAACCGCCAACGCCAUCGCUAUCGCCGCGCUUUCUUGGAUAUCAACAAGGCCAGCCCGCGGCUCCGCCACUGCUGCUUCUUCUUGGACACCAACACGGGCAGGCCGCUGCGACGCCAGCCGUUCUUGGAGAUCACCAUGGCCGGGCCAUGCUGCCGUGGGGCGUUCCUGCUCAUCACCAUGGCCACGCCGCCGCCGCGCCCCAUCAGCGAUUUCUUGGUUACCGACAAGGCCAGGCCGCCGUGCAGGGCGGUCCAGAUGAAUACUGCGGCACCGCCGUGCAGCCGCAGCUGCUGCACGUUCUUGAUCCAUGUUACAACCAGGAAGCCUCGCCGAGCGUCCGUCUUGUUGAUCCCCAGCAAAGCAAGGUGAUGACCCAUACGGAGAAGAAGCCGCGGCUGGCGUACGGUUCGCCGCCGCGGCCGCCUCAGAGCUUGGACAGCGGGCCGUCGAGCUGCGUGGUCCAUAUUUCCCCGUCCCAAGAACAAGGCGUCGUGAUCCAAAUCCACGACGACAACCAAUGCAGCGCAGAGCCCGUGGCCCCUACACUGCCCCCGCAAGAGAUCCCUGUGACGGCCACGGCGGGGUCGGCCGAAGCCGAACCCCCGUGCGACGCGUCGGCCCCUGCACCGGCGGAGCUCGCCGACGACGCGGGGAAGGCAGGCGCAGAGCCGAUGCUUGAUCCUGGCAUCUACAUGGACUUGGUGGAAUUUGAGCCAUUUAGUGAUGCCGUGCCGGACUUCCUGGUGCACGGUGAGUUCAAUCCCCCGUACGACGACGACCCGCCGCCGCCGCCGGGCUUCGACGAGUUUCAAUUGGUGGAAUUCGGCGUAGUGUUUGAUGAUUUGGUAAAAUAG